UUGAAGAUACCAAACAUGAGAGCUCUUUUAACUGUAUUGUUCUUCGGAAAAUUGUUGAUUCUCAUUGAGCUAUCGCAAUGUGAUGCGAGGAAUAGAGGGAGUGACUUCCAAUUUACGGGGCUCUUGCCACCUAUCAAACGACUUCAAAGCCGAUUGUUGAAGCGGGUUAAGAAAUCAGAACCAGAACCAGAACCAGAACCAAAAUCAGAACAAGAACCAAAAUCAGAACCAGAACUAGAACCGAAACUAGAACCAGAACCGGAAGCAGAACCAGACCCCGAUCUCCAUGGCGUGAUGGGAAAACUCGCAUUCGCUACAACUCACCACGACAAGGAAGAUUUCUUGACAGUAAAAAACAUUGAUUGCAUAAACUAUCCUUGUACCUACACUUGGCAUGAAGACGUCAAUGAAGAUACUGAUAUAACGAUAUCUUACAUGGUUUUUGGCGAUAUGGGGGUGUAUGACUAUGGUCCUCCUGAACUCCAAACCAUAUGUGAAGCCAGCCGCAUGCCUCGUACUUCCUGGGAGAAUAUAGCUUGGAGUGUUCUUUCACACAUGAUAGCUGGAGGUGCUGAUGGUUGCAACAUUAAAGCUGGAACAUACGAGUAUGAAGAAAAGGAUACGGAAUUCUAUUUUACACCUAUGCAAACACUCUCAUGUGGUCAGUUGAGCUUCGCAUAUGAUUUGUAUCGUAAGGGUUCGGAUAAACGCACCACGGCAUCGUUUAUGACUUAUCAGUUGCCUAAAAAAGGUCCUAAUUGUACUGAAACGAAAAAGCCUUAAUACUGUAUAUCAUCUCGUUAUCUCGUGUUGCAGUUCUAAUUGAU